UCGAAACACCGGUCAGUGUGAUCAGACAGUAGCGUUUGUCCGCUGAGCGUCCGCAAGUGCGUGAUAAUUAAGUAACAGCGUGGCUUUGGCUCGUCAGAGAGGCGGAAGACAGACCAAUUUUUCACUCAAACGUGGACCAUCCAAGUACAAAAUGCGACACGAAUGAGCGACGUGGUAAUUAGAUCGGUAAUAGUACAAUUGGAAAAGUGAAAGGAUAUCGUAAAGGGGAUAAAAUAGCGAAAAGUGGUGUUGGCAUUUGUGUAUUUUUCUUUUUCCUUUUUUCUGAGAGUCGAAUGCUCCGGACAACAUGAACAUACCGAGACGGAUGCUGCGACAGAUAUCAGAAAUUUCGUUCAUCGGAAAUUUCUACUUAAUAAAGAUGCCUGUGGAACACCAAGACAGUGAAGCAGCCAUUGAGCUUCCUUUGCAGUUUCGAAAUGACGAUUAUUGGAGAGGAAUUUUUGAGAAAUAUGAUGCAGAUGGAGAUGGCAAAAUUAACUUUCAGGAACUGAGAGAAGUAAUUAGGGGUUCAGGUCACCAAAAUUACCAACAUGACAUUCCAAGUCGUGUGGUCAAGUACGUUAUGCAAAAAGCAGAUUUGGACCACUCGGGAUACUUAGAGUACCCAGAAUUUGUUGCUAUGAUCCACAGAAAAGAUUUGCAAGGUGUUUUUGGAUCUUAUGCAAACAGAUACAUCACAACAUUGAUUCCCUCCAGACCUUGUGGCCAGUCUAGGACUCUUCAAGGCCAAAGAUCUCGUGAUUUUACUGAUGGCAUCUAUGAAGAGCAAUACACUUGCAAUCCCCCAGCACUUGCCAUGAUAAUUAUAAGUUUAAUAGAAAUCAUGCUCUUUAUAAGUGAUGUAUUUUUCAAUGCUCAAGGCACGCCACCCGUGAAGGGACCAACUGCAACUUUGUUCAUAUACAAUCCUACAAAAAGAUACCAAGCAUGGAGGUAUAUCACAUAUAUGUUUGUACAUGUUGGAAAUUUUCACUUGGUUGUUAAUUUAUUGGUACAAGUGAUGUUGGGAAUACCUCUUGAAAUGGUGCACAAAUGGUGGCGUGUGCUAAUAAUAUAUUUCGCGGGAGUGUUGGCUGGUUCGUUAGGUACUUCGAUAUCCGAUCCUGGGGUCUACUUGGCUGGUGCUUCUGGUGGCGUGUACGCCUUAAUAACAGCUCACGUAGCAACGAUCGUGAUGAAUUGGUCGCAGAUGGAAUUUGCGGCACUUCAAUUACUUGUCUUUCUUAUAGUCACUUCCGUAGAUGUUGGCCAAGCUAUCUAUCAGCGGUACUUCUUUAAUGAUGCAAACAGUCAGAUUGGCUACGUUGCUCACCUUGCCGGUGCCAUAGCUGGCCUUCUCGUUGGUAUUAAUAUAUUGAGAAAUCUUGAAGUACAAACGUGGGAAAAGGUCGUUUGGUGGUUGAGCUUGUUCACGUACGUAAGUCUCAUGGCUGCCGCAAUACUUUGGAACGUAUUGGCACCUCACUACUUUCCAACACCUGAUUAUGACUGAUAAAACUUUUUUUUUUCUAUCGUUACGACGACUAAAAUAAUUCACGUGACGCGCACAUGAGCGGGCUGAGUACAAAGAGUAAGAAAAAAUGUUAUUGUAAAUCAAAAUAAGAUUUUAAAUAGAGCUUUAACAUCUGAGAUGUCAAUGAAGUAUGGUCUACAUGGCACUCAGUAGUAGAAAACUUUUUUUAGUUAUACUCAUUUUUUGGCUCUUCAUGAUUUUAUAGGAUGCAAUUAAAUGAAUUACAUUACACAUCUGUAUUACACUUCAGUUCAAUUUUUUUAGUUAUUAAGAACAUAAAUUUUAGUUUAUAAAGAACAGCACUAUUAUAAUUGAAUUACAUGUAUUAAAGUCAUAUGCAACGAAGGUUUGGUGCCACUAGUUAAUAGAGUCUAUUUUGAAUUUAUUUAUUCAUACUGAAUUCACUUUUGUUAUAUUUUCAUAUACGUAGUAAGUAUAUUAAUUAUACCAAAAUGACAAACAAUUGGUAAAUCUGCUAU